AUGAUCUCUGCGUACGAGAGCGGCGCCUCGAGACGGCCAUGGCGAUCGAUUUGGAUCGCAGUCGGUCUGAUUUGUCUGUGCAUUCUUCUCGGCCUGGGGUUGCGAAAGACCAACUCUCACUUCAGCUAUCGCUCUUCCCAUAUCCUCAACGACGUUGGCAAUUCGACUCUUGGGUUUCAGAAGAUCUUCGUCGUCAGCCUUCCAUCCCGCUACGACCACCGAGAUGCGGUGUCAUUGGCAGCAUCUCUUACGGGGCUCAAUAUCGAAUACGUCUCUGGCACGACUGAUGUUGAUCGAAAGUUUCUCCCACCCGGCGGCACCGAACGGAACCUUCCCGCCGGUGCUCUGGGUUGUUGGAGGGCUCAUCUCGACCUCUUGAGAAUGGUCGUCGACAAUGACAUCUCCUCCGCUCUCAUCAUGGAAGAUGAUGCCGACUGGGACCUGCGCAUCAAAGGACAAAUGCGGGACUUUGCAAGAGCAUCGCAGCUUCUCCUCCAACCCAAAAUCGGAACCACCGACCAAUUCCUCGACGCAAGCUACCCCAUCCCCGGGGAAGAUCAGCAAGCCCAAACCUUCAAUAUCCAUUCCGACUUCGUCACCCCCGCCAUCACCUCCCCAUAUGGCGACCUCGAUCGCUGGGACUUGCUCUGGCUGGGCCAUUGCGGCACGCGAUUUGCUCGCGCAAGCGACUUGACCGUCCCCCUCGGCCGAGUCAUACUUCCAAAUGACCCAAGCGUCCCCGAAGCGCAACACCUGAACAUGCAAUUCGGCAACAGCGAGCUAAUGGACGAUUACCCUCCUCACACACGCAUCGUUCACCGCCCCUGGCAAGCUGUGUGCUCCACCGCCUACGCCAUCUCGCAACGCGGCGCCCGUCGCAUGCUGUACGAAGCCGGGAUCAAAAGCAUGAUUGAUCCGGUAGAUAUCAUGUACCAGUACGUGUGCAACGGCAUCGGCAACCGCACCACCGCGUCUUGUGUGGCGCCGCUGCCGCAGCUGUUCCAGCAGCAUCGGCCGAAGGGACGGACGAGCACGCACAGCGACAUCGAACACAAAGGCGACUCUUACAACGUGCAGUCGUUUACGAGGAAUAUCCGGUGGAGCACGAGGUUGAAUUUCGAGCAGUUGCUGAAGGGUUCGAACGAUUAUGUGGAUUUGUUCCCUGACGGAGGAGACCCGCCUAAGUUGGAAGGCCCGUAAGCCAUUGUGGUGAUGAUAUCGCAGAACUGAUAUUGGAUCCCCAUAACAUGUGUAUUCCUAGUUUGCGUAUUGCGUAGAGCUGGAAUCAUUUUUCGCAAGUAUGGAUACGUCUC